UGAUUUUCCUCUGCAUCAACCUUCUUCAAUUCCUCUCUCCCACCGACUCUGCUCUCUCUCUCUCCCAGAUUCACAUUCUCUCUUUCCUUAACUUAUUAAAUCCACAUUUCCAAAAAUAACCCUAAAUUUUCCCUUAUUUUACGACCUUAGCCCACCCAUCCAUUAGGGUCCAAAGGUCUCAGUUUCAGAUCCUGAGGAAGGAGAAAUACAGUUCGAGUCGCCGGUUCAACUCGGCCGAGUUAGAAUGCUGGUGGAACGGUGUCUGGGAGUUCGCCGGGUCCGUCAGAUCCAGAGGGCCAUCCGCCACGGAAUGGUGUCGUUCCUUUGCUUAUUCCUCACGGUAAUCGUCCUACGUGGCACCAUCGGCGCCGGGAAGUUCGGAACCCCCGAGCAAGACUUUAACGAGAUCCGUGACCAUUUGUACUCGCGCCGCCGUGGCGAGCCUCACCGAGUCCUCGUCGAAGCCCAAAACGACGCCGCUUCGACCGAGUCCAACAGCAACAACUACGCCACUUUUGAUAUCUCUAAGAUACUCAAGGACGAAGGUGAAGAUGAUAAGCCGGAUCCAAAUAAGCCGUACAGCCUCGGACCCAAAAUAUCCGACUGGGACGAACAGCGUGCCGAGUGGUUGAAGGAAAACCCUGGUUUCUCUAACUUUAUCCGACCCAAUAAGCCUCGGGUCCUUCUCGUAACUGGGUCGUCGCCCAAACCGUGUGAAAACCCAGUUGGGGAUCAUUACUUGUUGAAGUCUAUCAAGAACAAAAUUGAUUACUGUAGGCUUCAUGGAAUCGAAAUCUUCUACAAUAUGGCUCUUCUUGAUGCGGAGAUGGCUGGUUUCUGGGCCAAGCUUCCAUUGAUUAGGAAGCUUCUGUUGUCGCAUCCAGAGAUCGAGUUCCUGUGGUGGAUGGAUAGUGAUGCAAUGUUCACCGAUAUGGCUUUUGAGGUUCCAUGGGAGCGUUACAAGGACCACAAUUUUGUGAUGCACGGGUGGAACGAGAUGGUUUACGAUGAUAAGAAUUGGAUUGGGCUUAACACUGGAAGCUUUCUUUUGAGGAAUUGUCAGUGGUCGCUGGACAUUCUCGAUGCUUGGGCUCCUAUGGGUCCGAAGGGGAAAAUCAGAGACGAUGCUGGGAAGAUUCUCACUAGGGAGCUCAAAGGGAGACCGGUUUUCGAAGCUGAUGAUCAGUCCGCCAUGGUUUAUCUUCUGAUGAAACACAGAGAUUUAUGGGGUCAAAAGGUUUAUUUGGAGAAUCAUUAUUAUCUUCAUGGCUAUUGGGGCAUUCUCGUUGAUCGUUAUGAGGAGAUGAUUGAGAACUACCAUCCGGGUCUAGGCGACCACCGGUGGCCAUUGGUGACCCAUUUCGUCGGUUGUAAGCCUUGUGGGAAAUUUGGUGAUUACCCAGUUGAGAGGUGUUUGAGACAAAUGGACAGAGCUUUCAAUUUUGGGGAUAAUCAGAUUUUGCAGAUGUAUGGCUUCACUCACAAGACUCUUGCUAGUAAGAAAGUUAAGAGGGUUAGGAACGAUACUAGUAACCCUCUUGAAGUGAAAGAUGAGCUUGGAUUACUUCACCCUGAAUUCAAAGCGGUCAAGGUAUCAUCAUCAUAAUCACGAUCAUUUUCAUUAUAAUAAUAUAGAUCUUUUAGCUUCAAGUUGAAGUAUAAUGUUGAGAUGGGAAAUUCCAUUAUUAUUGUUUUCUUUUUUGGUUAUAAGUUAUGAUGAUACAUAUGUCAGUUGUACGUUAUCGGUUACUCAAUCCGUUCUAGCACCACCACCAUUGGCUGUUUCUAUUAUCUUUUUUUUUUUUGGGAUCUGUCUUGUAGCUAUUUAAAGUUGAAAUUGUAUUGAUUUUUGAAAGAAAAGCAUAGGAUUCCUUCCUCCAUAAUUACAAAAGGGCUUUUUAUGUUGGUGGUGAUUGAAACUUCCUUGGCCUUGGCCUGUAUAGUGUUUAUAUUGCCUAAUGUGAAUUCUUGACACUGUUAAGGGAUAA